AAGUUACCAGUAAUCUAGAAAUGUAUACAUUUUGGAAAGAACGAUGUUAUAUGGUCAUUCACUCAGUUUUUUUUUGUUUGUUUGCUUUUUUUAAUUAUUAUUUUGCAGGUGGGGUUGGAUUCUGUUCAUGCUUGAUUUAAUGAUUGUUGUGUUUGGACCUCUUUGAGGCCAAUGAGAACAACGAUUUAGUUGGACGUUGUGAAGGGGUGUGUUGGAAUGCUUCUUGGAAUUGGAUUUGGGGGAGAAGGUUAUCAGCAACUGAUAAGGGCCGCAUUUAAAAGGCUGGCUAGAGAAAAGAGUACUUGAUACUGUCAAACAAGAACAAAUAGCAGAAACCAGAUAGGAUCAGGGAUCUUGAAGAAUCAUGCUUCUGCUACAUAAGGUCAAUAUAUUAGUCGCUAAUUUAUUUGUUGUGGUAGCAUUUGUUGAUAUAGCACUUUCAAACAUGGAAUCCCCCUUACACAACAGCUGGAGCGAGACAGUUCGCUUUCGGCACCUGUAUGCUGCCAGGGCAGGAGUACAUCUGAUGAUUCAUGAAGAUGGUCGGAUUCUCAGCUCGGCCGAUCAAAGUCUGCAUAGCCUACUGGAGAUUCGCCCUGUGGAUCCAGGCUGUAUUGUCAUCAGAGGCAUUGAGACUGCACAGUUCCUUUGCAUGCAUGGUGAUGGAAAGCUGUACUCAUCGCAUGUCUACAGUGGAGAUGACUGCACAUUCAGGGAGCAAAUCAUGUCGGAUGGAUACAGCAUCUACAUCUCUGUCAGACACGGAGUACUUCUUAGUUUGGGAAACCAUCGGCGGCGGCUUCAAGGCAGAGACAGUGGUGUCCCAGCUUUGGCUCAGUUCCUGCCUCGAAUCAGUACUGUGGAUCAGUCAUCCACUCCAGCACUGCAGCCCUUGUUUCAACCAACCCAGGACGCAUCACAAACGGAGAAACCACUUGACAUGGUGGAAUCUUUUGGUGUUCUUGCACGGAUCAUUCACAGCCCCAGUUUUCAUAAGCGAUGACGAGACAGCAUUGAGACGCCAAUAAACAAAGAGUGUCUGCUCAAUGCCUGUGAUCCGCAGGCAUGCCCGCGGGAAGAUUAUUCUCAGCUCAUAGUCAGAUCAGUCAAGUCCAAUCUGACCAAACAGACUCUAACAGAUGUAAAAAUCAAAACAUAUCAAUGGAAUGGAUGUCUGCCCCUAACUUGGCUGAGAUAGGUUGGAGCUUUCCCUGUGAUCUGAAAAGGAUCAAUGGUGGAGAAAUGGAUGGAGUACGUAUUAACUGGAAAAAGUUUUUGCCUUAGCAUUCAUCCCUGAAAUGUGAGGAUUGAAAAUGCUAAAGAUAUGAAGUCAAGACAACUAGUGACUACUUGUAUGGCUCGAUACUGCAUCAAUAGGAUAGCCGGACAUAGCUCAUGUCAGGGUGUCAUUCCUGAGCCACUUACCUGAGCUACUUCUGGAGAUAAGAAUGCAGAUACCACCACACUACAAAUGGUGAGGGCACUGUGAAAAUGUAAAACUGUCCUGCGAUGGGCGAGAGGGGAGGGCAGUGGGCUGUGGCCAACCCAAAAGUUGAAAAAAAAAUCCAUUCCUUUAGAGAUCCUUUUCACCCAUUGUCAGUCUUGUUUACUCAACUUGGAGUUAAACUCUGAUGACUGUGUUCUCUUUUUUGUAGUUAUUUAUUUAUGUAUUUAUUUUGGAUCAGUGAAGUAAGAUCACAACCCGCAUUUCAUCAAAUGACCCAAAUGUUCUCCCGAGCGCAGUGAUUCCCAACCAUCGCACCAUAGCACACUGGUGUACCAUGAGAGAUCAUUUUGUCUGCCACACAAAAUGAUCCAAGCACCGAUCUCAAGCUUUUUUUGCUAGCAACAUGCUGAGAGCUAAAAUAGAGCAAGUUCUCGAAUAAUUGAGCUCCAAUACGCUGGCGUUGCCUGCAUACGGAAAUUAGAGUUACCUCUGUAGAAAUGUUUCAAACUGAACUUCAGAUACAGUGUUCCCUCCUUACUUCACAGUUCGGUUAUUGCGGCUUCACUUUAUUGCGGGGUUUUCAUCUAUGACCAUAACUUCAUCUAUUGCAAUUCUCCUUCACUAUUUUGCUGUUUUUCUUCCUUCUAAGACAGACAAGUUAAAAAAAAAAAAAAGUGACCAUGAACAUUGGCGCUCAUUGCCCCCCAAAUUCCAUUUCCCUCAUCGUGGUUGCAUUUGGAAAUACACUCUGAGCGCACUCCUUCGUGAGCCUGAACUGGAGCCAAGUGCGUCAGGCAGAAGAGAUGGAAUCGUUUCACACGCAAGCUGCUGAUUACAGGUUGCGUUCAGAAAUGAAAGUGAGUGGAGCGCGCACUGUCUUCCUGCAGCGCACAAGGACAAUGCAACGUCUGCCCCGGAUGUUAAGAUCUUUCUUUUUAGUUUAAGGUGGUUUCAGAUGAACUCAUCCCUUGUGCUUUGGAUCAGGAACUUUCUCUCCUGCUGGCCACCAAGGGUCUGUGUUUGGGGGAGCAUGUCCGAUAUGCUCACUGAAAGCACUGUGUGAUCUUUCCUCAGUGUUAUUCUCACUUUUUACAAAAUAAUUGUUUAAAUAUGUGGAUGACAUGGCCUUAAUUGGCCCUCUUUAAUAAGUAGACACUGUAGGUUUGAGGUCUCCAAACUACGGCAUGUGGGCCGAAAGUGGCCCACCUCUGCAUUUUGCCUGGCCCAUGAACAAUAAAAUGCAGACAUGCAUUUUUCUCCAAGUCUGGCCACCUCAUCAAGACUUGUACAUGCAUAGAAAGUAACAUUCUAUUCCAACCUUCUGCAGUCUGUGGCAUAUCCGAAACCCCUCCCUAAAAAAAAGAAAAUAAAAUCCACGAUGCACCUGUGUCAAA